AUGCGCGUGUCCCUCGCGGCGCUCACGGUGGUCGCCUCGCACUCCGCCACGGCGCGCGGCUUCGUGCCGCGCCGCGGCCUCGCGCCGGCCGCGCCGCGCGCGGACUGCCAAAGGCGCGCGGCGGCGCCGGUGCUGAGCGUCGCGCGCGGCGGCGGCGGCUUGGGUAUAGCGCCGGCGUGGGGCGCCCUCGGCAUGACCGCGAUCCUUGGGAACGCGAUCCGCCGCGUGCUGCCCGUGGCCCUGGAGCCCUUUUCCAGUGGGGCGGCGGCCCUCGCUCCACCAACGUGGGCCGCCUACGCGGCGUUCGUGGUGUUCAUGACCUACGUCGAGGGCUACAAGGCGUUCCACCGCAAGUUCUCGCCGAUGGUCGUGGCCCGCGCCUUGACGUUGCGGGACGCGCCGUUGCAUCACGUCGCCUUGGCCCCGCUCUACGCGAUGGGCCUCUUCCACGCGUCGAAAAAGCGGCUGGCGACGUCGUGGGGCUUCGUCGUCGGCAUUGCGGCUCUGGUAAAGCUGGUCAAGACGCUCGACUACCCCUGGCGGGCCGUCGUCGACGGCGGCGUCGUGGCCGGCCUAUCGGUGGGCGCGGCGUCGAUCCUCUACCACUACGGCCGGAGCCUCGGCGGCGUCGACCCGCCGGCCGACGCCGCGCUGCCCUGA